GUGGAGCACAUACAUCGCUAAUACUUGCUGGACAUUGACACGCAACUUCCGACGUUUGCUGCAUGCGCAAGGUGAAUGGAUGGGGGCUGCCCUGUUUGCGGCGCUGAGUGAAAAGGGUCUAGCUUUAACAUGUGCCUCUGCAGCCUCGCCAAGCCCACCGACGUCACUCAGGGUCCAGCAUGGCCAAAGAUACCAUCGUUCGAUGAGCACUGACAUUCUUGACGCAAAUCACAUUCACAAUGGUCAAGUCACGGAAAGAAGCAGAGAGCGAAGUCCGGUCUUGGGGUUUCGACCAUGUGUUUACGUGGACCGAUAGCCCCAAUGCGCACUACUCGCCACACAAGCACAGCGGGAAGACGACACAUCUUGUACUCAACGGCUCCAUAACGUACACAUACCCUGGUGACCCCGACGCGACGAAGGAAACAAUAGGUCCCGGCGCUAGAUGGGAUGUCGAUGCGAACAAGGUGCACGAAGUAUGGGUAGGGAAACAAGGUUGUACAUAUGUCAUUGGAGAAUGAACUAUUGAAGCACUGCGAGCA